AUGUAUGCCUUAGAGAUUACACGUUUUGCAGUUCAGAGGAUUCUAGUGCCUAUUUUGACCGCCAUUGGCCUUGUAGGAAAUGCGAUUAGUAUUUGCGUUUUGACUCAUAAAUCAAUGGUAUCCUCCACCGACUGUUAUUUAACAGCCUUGGCCGUGUUUGAUACAUUAUAUAUAAUUUCCAGCUUCACGUUAAGUCUGCGCCAUUAUCCCGCUGUUGACGAAACCAUUUUAUAUCAAUUAUGGUAUCCGUUUGGUAAAGCUUUGACAGACGCAUGCAGUAACGUGUCCGUGAGUUUAACGGUCACAUUUUCGCUGGAACGGCUUGUCGCCGUGUAUUACCCUAUGAAAGGACGAGUAUUGUGUACACCAAAAAGGGCAAAACUGAUUGCUUCUCUCGUUUCGGCGUUUGCAAUUAUGUGUACAGUACCUGAGUUCUUGGAGGUUAAAGUCGUUGCUGUGACUGAGAGGAACACAACCGUGUAUACAAUAGUAGAUACUGAAAUGGCGAAUACAGUUGCAUAUAAGCUCGGCUAUGUGAAUUUUGUAAUGUUUAUGUUUACGAUUAUUCCAACAGGUCUUCUAUUUACGUGUAACGGCUUACUUUUAAAAACAGUAUACCGAGCUACGCGCAUUCGUAGAUCCAUGACACGUAUUCCCACAAGACAAAACAACAGAAGACAGAAUGAACAAAACCGUAUCACCCUCAUGCUCGUUGGUGUUGUAGUGGUUUUUCUUAUAUGUCAAUUUCCAAACGCAGGUCUAAUGCUAUACUGGACUUAUAUCCGAUGUUAUUCCUUAAACAUGACUACCUAUCAACACAAUGCUGUGCGAAUUGCAGGCAACGUGGUGAAUCUGCUAAUACUUGUCAAUUCAUCAAUGAAUUUCAUGUUAUACUCAGCAAUGAGCACAAAGUUUCGAAGAGUAUUUAUGCGAACGUUCUGUUACUGUGAUCGCAACGGUAUAGACAACUUUAGUAAAACUGAACUGAGCUUCUACAAAGGCAAAUCGAUGCGUGGGUCAGAAAUACCAUUCAGGUUCCGGUCCCAUCGUGCUACAAAAGGAACAAAGGAGGAAGGCGUACAAACAUAUCAGCAUCGAACAAGGAGAAAUAAUAACACUUGUAAUAGAUACCACUUAACAUACAAAAAAAGAACAUUCGUACCGGAGCACAAAGGUUCUUUGUCUAUAUCAAGUUCUCCAAAAGACUCCUCUCGUAACAACCAAUAUUCGCCGAUUAUUUUGAGAAGAGCUAAAUGUAAACAUAAUGGCAACGGAACCAAUCGAGCUGUUCGCGUCGAAUGCCCAUUCUUGGACGCUGACAUUUCGGAGGAACAGACGCUCGUUUCGUCCAAAGAUGCCACACCGAUGACGUAUGACGAUAUGUACACUAUUAAGCUAACUGUAAAACGUCAUCGUGGUGAUUUAUGCGAUUCGCAGCUAUAA